UUCCAUGUUGUACUUUGUGCUGUUCGUGAGUGGUUAUUUGAUCUAUACUCAGUUACGAUGCCCCGAAGGUGUUGUAUGCCGAAUUGCAGGGGCAAUUACGAUAAUGGACCUAAAGUCAGUGUAUUUUAUUUUCCAUCUGACGAGAAUUUAAGACGAAAAUGGUUAUCGGCUGUUCACAGACAGGACUGGACACCGAGUAAGCACUCUGUUAUAUGUGAACUGCAUUUCAACAAGGACGACAUUUUAAGCAGUACCAGCAUGUAUGACCCGAAAACUGGUAUACUCUUGACAGCACCGUUGGAUCGUCGACGCUUGAGAAAAGAUGCUAUCCCAUCGAAGUUGCCUGGAUGCCCAUCUUACUUGUCGAGUCAUCAAACUGCAGUACGAGAGGACCCAGAAAUUCGUAGGGGGCGUUUAGAAAAUCGUGCUCUUCAAAUUGCUAUCCAAGAAAGUGUGGACACACAUGCGAAAAUGAUUGAUGCGAUAUCGUUCGAUAGUUUAGAACAAAUGAAAACAAAGUUGAGUGAAUGUGAAAAGCACAGUGACUGGGUAGUGAUAAACAAAUCUGACAGUGUGAGACUAGUGUUACUAAAGCAUAAUCCUUACCCAAGAAUUUUUUGCCACGUAGUUAUAAGCAGUGGUUUAUUACUCAGUGUCUUCAAUAAUGAUAUUGAAGUGAAAUGUAUUGGAAACAUGAAAUUUCCCAUGAAAGUAAACAACAUACAGGUGGUAAGUGAUGUUCUUAAGAACAUUUAUCUUCUGUAUAAUAGUUCUGAGGCUCCUGUAGAUAACAUUUUGUCUUUAAUUGACCAGUUAUUGCAAAAUUUAUUAGAAAAGUUGCCAGGAAACGAAACUAAAAUUACAUUUUUGAAGGAACAGAUUUCAUUUUUGAAGUGCAGAAGUUCAACUCAAUUUAGGUAUGAUACUAACUCUAUGAUAAUGUGGUCAUUAGUACAUUCUAUAAGCCCACAUGCUUACAAAUUUUUGAGGAACACUGACAGUUUUUCUAUGCCUAGUCCUAACACCCUUUCAAGGCUUUGUAGUAAACUCUCAACAAAUCCUGUCAUUGAGCAACAGGGUCAUCAGUUUAUGAGCUACAUCACAAAUAAAGUAGGUACUUUAUCCUCAGAUGAUAAAACUGUGCUCCUGUUGAUGGAUGAAAUUCAUCUGAAGUCUCAGCUUGAUUACAAAGCUGGAAAUGUUGUAGGAUGUGCCUUUAACACUGAAAAAUUUUUGUGUGCAACCAGCGCCUAUGUUUUUAUGGUUCAGAGCAUGGAAUCACCUUACAAGGAUGUGGUAUCUAUUCUGCCAGUUCAUACUAUUCAGGGUGAUGUUCUGUUCUCUUACAUUAAAGCAGUCAUUGUUAAAUUAGAAGCAGUUGGAUUUGAGGUGGUUGGUAUAGUAGCAGACAAUAACGCAAUUAAUAAGAAAGCAAUGUCUAAGUUUUCUACUCCUCCAGAUGGAAAAAUAAAGUAUGAUCACCCUGUACAGUCUUCUCCAAAUCGCCCAUUGUAUUAUUUUGUGGAUACUGUCCAUAUUUUGAAGUGUAUCCGCAAUAACUAGUUU